AUGUAUAUCCACAUGGCUCUACAAACAUCACCUCAGUGGUUCGCCCGCUUCGGACAGUGCGAAUUCAUUGAUAUUGAUGAAUCAGGCCUGGAUACAUCAAGUCUCCACGCCAGACUCAUCAAGCCCUCUACACGAGAUGCCCUUCUCAACCGACACAAAUGGUCAACAAUACCAUGCGAAGACGACAUCGAUGCUGCCACACUCUUGUCAGACCUCAGCCGCCUAGCACCCUCGGUAGUCAAGGAAUUCAUCCCAAAGGAACAUUGCGAGAGCAAUUUUGCCUUUCGGCUGAUAAACGACGUCGGCUUUCACGGGGAGGAGGGAGGAUACAUCGCUCUCAGCUAUUGUAGAAAGCCUGCUGCAAGUACCACACCAAGAAAGGUUCUGACACCCGUUGGAGAUCUUCCAUUCGGAUGGCUGAAGGAGAUUGAGCAAUUCCCACUACCAACUACUUCUGCACUUUUCCAAGCAGUUGUAAGAGAGAGGGGCGUGGGUGAAGGGCUGUGGUAUGACGAGGUGUGCAUCGAACAGGACAAUGAAGUCGAGAGGAACGCAGCUAUCGGAGUUAUUGAUAACGUCUACAAGAAUGCACGAGCAGUCGUUGUAGUACUGGACGACAUUGUUGUUUCGCCAGACGAAGAACGGUUUCUGCGUUAUUACGUUGAGCAGUACAAUUACUCUCAAGUGCCCCUGGACCAACAACCAAACUCUGGACUCCACCCACCUUUCAUGCAGCAGUAUGAGAUGUUCAACACAUUGGUACAACGCAUUCUAUCUUCUGAGUGGUUUGACCGCGCAUGGUGUGCUCAUGAGAUGCGAAUGGGACAAAGCCAUGUUUUUCUAGUGCCUUGCUUACGGCAUUACGAAGAUGAAGUGCAGACAAUCGUACGCUUUACCGGAUCCUUCUUUACUCAUCUUUUAAGUCUUGCAAGCGAAGUCAUCCACUUCACACCGACCCUAUCCGCAAAGCUUCGUUCAUUGUUCGACUUCUUCCAACAGCAAGACGCAUUCAUUAAAGGAGACCUCUCUGUACUUCGAACACCAGACAGCCAACACUGCCCAACUUCGCGGGAAACAUGUUCCAUAUCAAUGGCUGCCGACAUAUUUCGCAUGAAGGCCGGAGGAAACCCGCGUUUGCCAGAGUACCAACGAAGAUUGGACGCUAACCGAGACAAGACCAGCAUUGCGCUGAACGCUUCUGGUUUGCCUCUCGCCCUGGCUCCCUCAAAUCCAUUUUCGAGACCCAAUCUUGAGGACGAAUGUCUUCGCUCGCUGCUUCUAGUUGGGAUCGCGGCACGAGACCCUGUUGCACUGUGCACCAUUGGCACGCCACUACAGCUCCAUGACGGAUCCACCUCAUGGCUGUGUCGACCAACAUCUUUGGAUGUGAGCUCCUCUCAAGUACCUCCACACUUCCCAAGACAAGCGAACCAGUUGGUCCAAGCGACCGACGGCAGAGCAGAAUACGCACAGCUGGAUCUUAUCUUCUUAGAUCUCCCACAUCGCACCCAGCCGAGUGCUUCUUUUCCAUCUCACGUUGCCAGAGCACGCAUGCUCAUCGAUCUCUGUGUUCAAUAUCAAAUACCAGGAUCUGGACUGUGGGGCUUCUCUCAGGCACCGAAUCACCCGCGCACGCCAGCCUUGCGCAAUAUUUUCAUUCAGACACUAGCCUGUGUUUUCCAGUGCGGGCCACAGUGGGUGGUAGAUGUCAUCUCCAGCCUCCAAGAUUCCAACGCGCCCCGCAUGGAACCCUACACCAUUGAGAUGCUACUGAACCCACACCUCAUCUUGCAAAACUAUAUUUUACUUGCCGAGGGCCAGGCUGCAAUGACGGCACUUGUGCAUUUUCUCUCUACCUUGAUUGCAUCUGGGAUCCCAUGGCCUUCAGGCGCCUCGGAACGCACACAUGGUCCCCUCAUCAUAUCCGCACCCUCCUCCUCGGCUACCUAUGAUUACGCCGGUCCACCCACACAAGGGAGCAAGGCCAUCAUCUUUGCCCCUUUUGAGCACUCCAAGACACUGCUUAUUGCCGUACCCAAGGCCGUACAAGGAUCUGAAUACAGUGCCCUGGCGCGCGGUUGGAUUUUGACCAGCAUGAAUCCUUACACUGGAAGCCCGAAGCCUACCGUGAGCUGGACUUUGCAAUCUAAAGGUGCCAUCUUUGGAGAUGUGAAUUUCAACGCUAGAUUGGCUACUAGUGGGGAAAUGGACGUCAGGAACCAUCGUGUCUAUGGCCCCUCGCGUCGUUGA